AUGCCAAGCUCACGAUAUGCCAAGUUCAAUCCUUUCGGGGCCUCUCAGCUGACGGGUAGCCCGAUCUCCGAAGAGCCUCUACAAUUUUCCAAUAUCAUUCCAGAUUCUGCAUUUUCCCCUCUGCCGGGAAGCUCGCCCAGCGACCAUGAUGCGGACAGACACGCAAAGAAGGAAUGGGCCAAAGUUGGUGAUCGACAUAUUUCGAGCAAGUCGACGGAUGAUAUUCCAUAUGGCGCUCUUGACGGAAGUCGACCUCCGAGACGUCGGAGAACAAGUAACUCAUUAUACAGAGUUGCCUCUUCUAUCCGCGACUAUGCUGUCUCUCAUUUCAGCGUGCCAGCGAUAGCAGCGCCGUGGGAGCAUGGACUGCCCGAGAAAUAUGGCUCGGGUUUACCCGCUUCCAACACAGUCCGCUAUUUCGACUAUCGACGACAACGGCGGCGACUGUUUAUGAACAGCAGUGUCCAAUGGCUCAUCACUGCCGGUAUUUGCGCAGCACUGGCAAGUUGUCUCUACGGCUUUUCCACCGUAGUAACUGGUUUGAGCACCGCGCGGAAAGAAGUCUUCAACGCCUUGAUGACCGGAUUGUCACUAUGCCUGGGUCUCAAUCUCGCGUCCUCGUUAGGUGGCUACGCACAGAUGAUGCGUUGGCGCUUCCUGGCGUCGGGGUAUCGCACGCUCCAGGAUUUCGAGCUUCUCUUGCACUGCGAUAGUCAGACCCAAGUAUUCCGCCUGAUAUGGGCUGGACGCACCCGUGGAAGGCUUCUACCGAACAAGACGCAGGUUCUUGCCGCGAUCUGGUUGCUGAUCAACAUCGCUGUCCAGAUAUUCACCGCCUUGUUAGGUUUGACCUACUCGACUGAUGUCAGUUCUCGCUUUGUGCACCUGACCUAUGGAAAUGUUAGUGUGGCGGACCUUUCGUACAUCGGCAACUCCCGGACUACGGCUCUUUACGCUGGCAACCAUGAUACUGCGCAAUCUCUCCUUGCAGAAACAGCUACCGCGAAUGAAUGGGGCAUCACUGGCCAGGACUUUCAUGUGUUGACGAUUCCAUUCGAUGAAUACCUGGGCAUAGAGCAGUCUAUCUACACAGACGGAAGCCAGUACUGGUAUCGCUUCAUUGACCGUUCGCCGCUUUCGGCGGGCUUGACUGCCGUGAGUUUGCGCACAGUAAACACCACUGCAACGUGCCAAUCGUUUCCCAUCACGUACGGUGGCUACGCGGGCUUCCAGACGGACAACGCCUCGAUCGCCGCGGAUGUGACUUGGGUGGAUGGAAACGGGAAAGAACACACGUGGAGCAUCCCCGAUGUAUCUACAGGCGCCACAACCUGGAUGUCGAACUUGACGAGCGACUGCGGCCCUCGAUGCAUUCAGAUCUAUGCCCUUCAGAGUGCGGACAAUUCCUCGACCAGUGUUCCGGAGCCGCGGUUCUGGAGCUGUCUAUCGACUGUCUCUCAUGUGGACAACGCCGAUCUGUAUCCCACCCCCGAACAUUACCGGAUCGCCGACACGGAAGCUCAGGUCCUGGCCGGGGCGAUCGGCUGGUCUGGCGUGUUGAUGGCAAGCAGCGACAACUCCUCCUCGGCCUCGGAGGAGACUAACCUACAGAUGGUGGGUUACCCGGCGUCCAGCCAAUGGAGUCCGCCGGGCAAUCUGACGGCCGAGGGCAUGGCGCUGCUGGUGAUGAAGUUCACGGCGGGGGCCAUCGCGGCCAUCGACUCCAACGGGCCACGACUCAACGUGACGGGCGUCGGUCCCGCACCAGCCCAAGUCAUCGAUGUCGAGUGGCGCUACGCCGGCUCGAUCCUGAGCGGCAUCCCCGUGGCGCAGGGCCUGGUGCUCCUCGCGGUCAUCCUGCUCGCUGACAAGGCCAUCAUCAAGGACACCAGCCACCUGGGCAUGGCGCGGCUGUUGAGGCCCAUUGUCGACAAGCUCGGCGACACGGGCUGUCUCUUGACCGGAGACGAGAUCGCCGAACGGCUGGGCAACAUACGCGUCAUCUACGGCGUUCGGGACCCGAGGAAUCCCGGACUCGGCGCCAACGGCAUCGGCACCGACGACCACGACAGGAUACGACACCUCGACAUCAUCGAGGAGACCGAAGGUCUCGGAUACAGAAGAGGACGCAUGCCCGAGGGGCGAUACGACGGCAUCCAUCCCCUGAGAGAAGAAGAGGAAAUGGAGCCGCUCCUGUCCACUGGCCGCGGGGACGAGGCGGACAGAUCGGAUAGAUCUGGCAACGAAGCCCGCACGGGCAACGUCUCCAGAUCGAGAUCACAGUGGACGAAACGUAGGAUGAGCGUUUAG